AUGUACUCCACCCUCACCGGCAUCUACCAGGAGUAUUUCUCUGUGACUGAAGAUGAUGAACUGGAACUUGCAUUGGCUCUCUCUGCACUGGAAAUGAAAGAUCACCAGAUUGCAGCCCCCAGCCAAGAGUCCCGACUUCAGCAGCCUAAAGACAGACCGAAUCAAAGCAGCUCUGUUCAACUGACCUCAGUAUCUCAGCCUCAGGGAAGCAGCCACACCCAAUUAGCAGAUGUAGCUGGCAGGAAAAAAAACUCCCACUCAGCACAAAGUGGACCCUGGGGCAUGGUGUGCCCACCACAGACAACCCGAGAGACUGAGCUUCAGAAAAGCACACAUGUUGACAAAUAUAAUAAAGGGACACCAGGGACAAGUCAAACUGAGUGUGGCCAAAUGACAAAAGAGGGAGAUUUGAAUCAAUCGGGGAAACCAAAACGCUCUAAGAACAGGCGACAACGGCGUAAAGCGGGCGGCCAGCAGGUUGUAGGUUUGCCCUGCUCUCUGUCAGCACCGCAACCAGUACUACUGUGGUUUAGGAGGGAUUUGCGACUGUGCGACAAUCCUGCUCUCAUUGGCUCAUUGGAGGUUGGGGCACCUGUCAUACCUGUCUUCAUCUGGAGCCCUGAAGAAGAGGAAGGACCUGGGAUUACUGUGGCUGUGGGGGGAGCUUGUAAAUACUGGCUUCAUCAAGCUUUGUCUCAUUUCUGUUCGUCUCUGGAGUCCAUUGGCAGCCACCUCGUCUUCCUCAAGGCAGAUGGAGGUGGGGACGGUGUGGGAUCUUCUCUGUGUACCCUUAAGGAGCUGAUAAAGAAGACUGGGGCGAGAACAGUCCUGGCCAAUGCGCUGUAUGAGCCCUGGCUGAAGGAGAGGGAUGACGUGGUGGUGUCAGAUCUGCAGAAAGAUGGUGUUGAAUGCAGGAUGUUCCAUUCUUACUGUCUCAGAGACCCUUACUCUGUCAGUACGGAGGGUGUGGGACUCAGAGGAAUAGGUUCAGUGUCUCACUUCAUGAGCUGCUGUAGACAGAACCCAGGAUCUGCCUUAGGGGUUCCUCUUGACCCUCCAGCAUCUCUCCCCACUCCCGCUCACUGGCCUCAGGGUGUCUCUUUGGACACUCUCGGGCUGGCACGCAUGCCCCGCAGGAAGGAUGGCACAACAAUUGACUGGGCAGCUAACAUUCGCAAGUCCUGGGAUUUCAGUGAAGAAGGAGCACAAGCACAGCUAGAGGCCUUUCUCCAUGAUGGUGUUUAUAGGUAUGAAAAAGAGUCAGGAAGGGCGGAUGCUCCGAACACCAGCUGUCUAUCUCCCUACCUUCACUUUGGUCAGCUCAGCCCACGCUGGCUAUUGUGGGAUGCCAAAGGGGCACACUGUCGACCCCCAAAGUUCCAACGCAAACUGGCCUGGAGAGAUUUGGCCUAUUGGCAGCUAACACUAUUUCCUGACCUCCCCUGGGAAUCUCUCAGACCUCCAUACAAGGCUCUGCGGUGGAGCAGUGAUCGUGGCCACCUGAAAGCCUGGCAGCGUGGUCGAACAGGCUACCCUCUGGUGGAUGCAGCUAUGAGGCAGCUGUGGCUGACAGGCUGGAUGAACAACUACAUGAGACAUGUGGUGGCGUCUUUCCUCAUUGCAUACCUCCAUCUGCCCUGGCAGGAAGGCUACCGCUGGUUCCAGGACACCUUAGUGGAUGCAGAUGUUGCCAUAGAUGCUAUGAUGUGGCAGAAUGGGGGCAUGUGUGGUCUGGACCACUGGAACUUUGUCAUGCACCCUGUCGAUGCAGCAAUGACCUGUGACCCCUACGGCAGCUAUGUUAGGAAAUGGUGUCCUGAACUUGCGGAUCUGCCUGAUGAGCUUAUUCAUAAACCUUGGAAAUGUCCUGCAUCUAUGCUUCGACGUGCAGGUGUCGUGUUUGGCCAGACAUAUCCUGAUCGAAUAAUUACAGAUCUAGAGGAGCGACGGAGCCAGUCUCUGCAAGAUGUAGCUGUGGUGCGGAAAGAGUUUGGACAUUAUGUUGAUAAGCGCACAGGCUGUGACUUGGUGCCUCUGCCCCCACGCCUUGUCUCAGAGGCCCUCGGCUUAUCACACAGCAAUGGUGGUGUGGUGGCAGAAGGGAAACAGUUCCUGUUGCCUGUUAUCACCCGCAUGGAAUUCAAACACCAGCUAGAAGAUCCCGAUGCAGACGCUGCCUCAAAUCCCUACAAUGCUGUUCUAAAGGGGUAUGUGAGCCGCAAAAGGGAUGAGACCAUUGCCUUCCUUAACGAGAGAGACUUUACUGCCAGUGUGAUGUAUGAGGGAGCGCAGCGCAAGGAGAGGCUGGAGAAGGAUUAUCGCAGAAUGGAGGGACUCCCUCAGCCUGCAGCCCCUCGGGGCAGGGCCAGACGAACGCCAACAGCCAAGGACAGGUUCUCUAUAGUGCCUGGUGGGGCUGUUACUUCACUCAGGUGACCGGGACAUUAAGACUUUAAGUUUACAGGUAUUAAGAGACCAGUUACUGGUCUUAAAAUGCAAACGUAAAAAUAUUACAGAAAAUAGGUUCUAAGUGCAAGACAUGGGGCAAGGACCGAUUUGUUUGUGUUAAGACAACUGAGAACAUUUGUGAGAGGGUUGCAAAAUGCUCUUAAAAUUUUGUACAUUGAGUUUUCAGUAUAAUCUCAG